AUGGGCGACAUCCCAUUCGCGUGCCCUUCCUCCUAUACUUACCCCUCAGAGGCGGUCGAAGAUGCCUGCAAAAUCCGUAAGGGAAACCUGAUCUGUAUGUGGAUUUAUUAUGUUAUCCUUGUGAUAAUGACGAUGACCGGAUUUCCAAGGAUAUUUUAUAAUGUUGAUGACGAUUAUAAUGAAGAUUUAAGGGAAGGAGGGAUCAUAGAUCUGAGCGGUAACGAGGAAAAAUCGUCUGAGAAUGCUUCUUUAUAUUUCUUCGGUUUUAUAAUUUGUCCAAUGUAUUUCAUAAAAAAGAAUAACUUCCGAUAG